AUGUGGAACCCCGGGCCCAGGCAUGGAAGCUUGGUUGAAGGGAAGGAUAAGAGAGAUCGCCAGGACAGGGUAUGUCCGUUCCACUUCGGAAAUGCAUUCCACAUCAGAUAUGUAGCCACCGUGCUUGGCAGGAUCGAAGAGCCUAUCAAAAAAGCGGAGUUCCGAAUAAAGUUUCUGGACAAGCUCCGGUUUUUGGACCAGAAGACAAAGGCCGGAAACACGCUGGAGGAGAAACUCGACCUCCUGUCGCUGAAAGAUUGGGAGGCCAUUUCAGCCCUGCUCGAUGAGAAUCGAGCCUUGGCUGCUGGUGCAGGCCUGUAUUUGCGGCCUCGUCUAGAGGAGCCCUCGGAGCCGGAAGAGACGGCUGUGGUGCUGCAAGAACCGUUUGUUCCGCAGCAAGAUGGACGCCCGGCAGAAGGAGAGUAUACCCGCACCGAAAUCUCCUAUCUACGGACCGCCCGUGGCCACCGUGGUGUCUUUCAAAUCCACAAGGUGAAAUCGGAGGAUGCCACGGAGGGAUACCUUCACCUCUUCAGGAUCAGCCAGGUGUGGCCGUUGCUGAAAAGGCAGCAGGCCUUCCACAACUGGCAAGACAAUCUCACAGCUGAGAUGUCACAGGAAUGGAAGAUUUCGGUUUCGGCCCACCUGAUCCGAUCCAAAGACUACAAAGGCAAGCAACAAGGUGCCCUUGAAGUGUUGGACACGAUUAUUUCCAGCACUGCCCCGGCUGAUUUGGAGCUCCGACUGCUGCCCAACAUACCAGCUUGCAAGAUACGGUGCCACGACUUGGACGUGGACCUGCACAGUCUCGAAACCUUUCUUGGUUUCAUGGGAUGGCUGCCAAGGUGGCAGAAGUUCGCCAUGAUCUCCCCGGCCCAGAGGAAACUUCAAGCAGGAAUCCGGCUGCACAGCCUCGUCUUCUUUAUCAUGCGAACCCCGCUGGUCGACGAAGCUUGUGAGGACGAGAAGUUGGCACACAUGGAUGGUGUGCUCCUCAGCAAGAUACCUCUGCCCACGCCCGACGACCAGUUUCAUCCGGCAACGAUGGAUGGACGUGCACUGAAGAAGGAACCGAAGCCUCGGAACCUCCUGGCAUUGGAGCUGGAUUCACAGAGGUUCCGAUCCCUCAACAUGAUAUCUGAUGCGAGCCCGAAAGCUCGCAUGGAUGUUUGGUUGCCACUCCUGACUGUGGACAAGACUAUGGUUCCGUGGGUGCUACAACGUCUUAGCGACCUGCUCCCUUCGACAGUUUCUACAGAGACGAAAAUGGAGGAAGCCCAAAAGCUUGCCGACCAGGCAGCUCGGACCGACGCCAAGCAGGGUGCAGCGAGCAAGGUGCCGAAGACGAUAUCCAAGAUCCGGCAGCAACGGUUAUCUACGCGAGAGCAUUUGAGAGCUGUCUUGCAUUGCAUGGAAUUAUUAGAAUGCGAGCUGGAGCCCCCCAAGCAAACGCUGAUGGGUGCACGGCCGAAAGAGCACCUGAUCGUGGAGAAGUAUGAUGGCUGCUCUUUCCGCUGCAACACACAGUCAGGCGAGUCUGAGUGGCUCCGUGUGGACAAAGAGCUUCUUCGCUUGGUCUUGCAAGGGGACCAGGGAGGACCUCUCUACUCGGCAUACCAGUAUGCCGCAGCGAAGGGAUUUCCCGUUUGCUUCAUCCGGGACGAGUCGCACCCCGGACUGAUUUUAGGUUUGGCAACGAUUGCACUGGAUCAUUGCAGGCCUUCUGGUGUUGCUCACACUUGCACUUAG